AUGAUGUACAACACAGAAAAAUCAUUACAAUUUUUCGAAGAUCAGAAUAAUUCACACGAUGAAAAACCUCAGGAACCUUGGAUGUUGGCUGACGUUGAAGAAGAAUUCAGAAAAUUGACCCUGAAUUGUUCUCAACCUUACGAUCUCUAUAAUGGUUUUAAACCGGUCGAUUGUGUCGAAGUUGAAGAAUCUAUACAACAAAAGUAUCCCGUUUUAGCUAAAAAAUGUCAGCCCCAUGCAAUCGGUAAAUAUUUAGGAUAUGCCGAAGAAACGUUAGAAACAAUUUAUUUACCCAACCCAUUCUAUAGAAUCGACGAUCUCAAUCAAUUAGAACUUCAAAUGAGAAUAACUUCUACAAAACAUAUUUGGGAAAAUCCAAUAAAAAACGUUAUGCAUUUUAUAAACGCACAAAAAUAUAUUCAUCAAUUGAGGUGUCCUCCGUUUUCCGAAGUUCAAUAUACCACCACCGAGAAAAGUAAUACUCUUAGGACCGAUUCGACAUUGGCAUUUCCUCCAAACACUCCUUCUUCAUCAGCAUCCCUAUCCGGUCCUUCUCCGAAUCCUUUUGCAUCAUCUUUUCAUUUGGUUGAAAGUAUAGGAGAUUUAAACGUGAGACAAACUCUUAGAACAUCAUCGAGAACGUCACCUUCUACCGAAAAUAAAACGGAAACGUCGUCGUCGGCCGUUGCAAGAAAAAGAUCAUCAGAUGGACGAGAUUUCACUAACCUCUCAUUAUUAACAAGGCAAUAUACAUAUUGUCUUUUUUUAAAUGAAUUUUUUUAUUUUUGUAAAAAAUUAUUUAUUUAUUUAUUUAUACGUUCGAUUAAUCGACGAGAAUUGUCGAUUCCCGAACAUUCGAGUCUUCAGGUACCCGAUACCGUACUCAAGUGGCUUCAAACUGGAUACCCAACAAGAUCCAAAGAAUUUUCUGCUAUACAAAAUUUAAGUGAAGAACUUAGGACCGUUCGAUGUGCAUUGCAAAGUUGCAAUGUUUCUUCCACUAUUAGAAAUCGAUCGGCUAAAUAUGUUGACGAAAGUUUUCCCGAAAAGAAAUGCGAGUUUUUUAUGGGAAAAAAUGCCAAUUACAACCGUUUAAUACAUCAAAACGAAAAUUUAUCGGCGUCGUUUUCAUCCAGUUCUAGUUCCGAACAAAAUCGUUCUUCCAACAGCAAAUCGGGUACCAAACUUCAAAUUUCUUCAUUUCCAAAAUUGUCUUAUUCGGCUGUGACGUCCGGUGGUUCUCCGACUGCUUGGCAAGUUCAAACCUCGUCGUUUUGGUCAUCGAAACCUUUUAACUUACUCGGAUCUACAACAGCAACAGCAGCAGCAACAACAACAACGACGACGACAACAGCAACGUCCUGUAAUACAAAUUUGAUUCGAGAUUAUGCGACCAAUUCCUAUGAUAGCAAAUCCAAAUAUCGGCCUAUAUUGAACGCUCAAUAUCGUGAAUUGUCGGACGAAGAAAGUUUUAAUUACGGUUCGACAAGCGAAAAAAAAGGGAUUCCCGAGGGAAUGGGAAACGUGAGAUUGUUUGAUAGCCUCGAAGAUAACGCAUUUGACGAUUUGGAAAGGCAAGCGAUAGCACAAUGGCCAUCGGAAGAUAAUUUGGAUAUAUUUCAAUCUCGACGCGUACAGUUAAUUGUAGGCUUAAGGAGGAUGACAACCAAAUUUCGUCAUCCCCAAGUAGCGUCUUUGCGUGCAAUCAAUUCAUCAAAGUCCAUCCAUCAUUCGUUGAAAAGUAGCGAUUCGCCUAAGAAAAAAAGUGCUGUACAAAUGUUGCAAGAAACAAAAGCCUUUUACGUUAAAUCCGAAAUCAGCAGCAAUAUAUCAUUUUCCGGUCAAAAUAAUUUUGGUCAAACGACUUGUUUUCAACAUAAAUCAUUACCAGAUUUACAUGUUUCUCCAGAAUAUUCAUCUGACGAAAGUAGCAAUUCCAGUUUUAACAUUGAAUACAACGGUGAUUCCAGAAGCGUUUAUUCUACAUUGACCGGAUCAAUGAGACAUAAAAAUCAUGGAAAAAAUAUUGAUAAUCGUGGACGUUGUUUAAAAUCAAAUAUUGAUUGUAAAAAUUAUUUGUGUAGAAAUCAUUCAAAAUGGUUUGCUAGUUUUCACAUGACCAACAACGGUGGAGAAUUUUCCAGUUCAAAAGGGAUUCAAAUUCAAUCUUCUUGUCAAAGGCGAAGCAGUUACACAUCUAGUUGUAACAGAAGUCGUCAUAAUUCUAGUUCAAUGUAUUCUCAGUCGGCUGAUAGCGGUCGUCAAAGUCAAGGAGGUUCAAUUGGAUUAAGAACUGGAAGAUCAGGUUUACCAGAAUAUAAUUCUUCUCCAAAGAGCUCAUGGAGCGAUUCCGGUACCGAAGAUGAUUUUCCUUCUCCUUGUCGGAAAUUAAGUUUUUUUUCGGUUAAAAAAAAACCAAUAUUACGAUCGAAAUCAGACAUUUCUCAUAAAUAUUGUUCAAAUAAAGUAAAACCGGUUUUGUCAAUUUCAAUACAACCUUCUACGGUGGCAACUGACAAAUUGGAAAAUUUUUUUAAUAAUUUAGGAAUGGAUCCCGCUGAUUACAAAGAAUUAGCAUCAAAUAAUUCAGGUAAAACUUCACCAGUGUAUUUUUCAAGCGUGAGUUCCGUGGAUUCGUGCGUGGAUGUAGCUAUUUGGAACGUUCCAGAAACAUUUAAGGCUACCGAAUGUCUUUCUAUAGUUGAAAGAAACGCUCGAAUCGUUAAAUGGCUUUAUAAUUGCCUUUUGCCUGUAACUGGAAAAUUUUACGCUUGGCACGAUGCUCCAGAUCCAAAUUUCCAAGAUCCAUUAAUAGAAAAAGCUAUUUAUGAAAAAAAAAAUCUUUUACCAAGAGAUAAAUAUAAAGAACCCAUAACAACUUCCAUGGAGUAA